AUGGCAGUCAGUGCAAGUCGAAUUAUCAUUGGUCUUAACUACGGCACAACCUACUCCAGCGUUUCAUUGGCAACGGUUGCACACAAUCAGCACGAUAUCAAUCUCAAUAAUGAUGAUGAGGAUGUUAUUGGACUUGGAGGGAUUCGAGAUGUCUUGAGUUGGCCGGGGCUGGCGGGCACGGCCGCUCCCAAAGCUCCAAGCGUCAUCUCUUAUGAUACGGCUGAAGACAAGGACCGGCCACACGAGCUUGAUCUGGGCUUGAAAGUUCUCGACGUUAUGGCGGACUUGGAUCUCAUAUGUCACCUAGGAUGCUCACAUAAACCACAGGAGUGGACCGACUCCGCGAUAUCGAUGACCUUUCGAGCCAUCACAGCUUCAGGUUUCAGUAAGAACUAUUUUCCGAGAUUUAACAAUAUCAUACUGGUCUCCGAGCCGGAAGCCGCAGCUCUUUUUGUCAUCAAAUCGAUCCAGCAAGUUGGUGACCGUCUGUCGCUGAGAGUGAGUUUCCUCGUGUUCAAGACGGAGGAAGGGGCUGAUGCUUAA